ACUCUACUGCUAGAUCACUGUGUCACGUCAACUAUUAAGUUCCUUUUCGGGAAUUUAGUUUAAAUAAAAACGUGUGUUUGUCAAUACGACAGAUAAAUUCAUAUCUAGUAUUAUAUAAAUUAUUUGUGAAAAUGAUCUAAGUCAAUCGAACAAUAAUGAAUUGUCAUCAAAUAUUAAGCGGAGCUUGCAAUGCAGGCGAUCGUUGCUUUGCUGUCGGCUCUGUUGAAGGAAUAUCAUUUACCGCUUACGCUGCUGGAUGUAAUAUUGUGAUCCUCGCUAGUAAUUUUGAGCGUGUUCAAAUAAUUCCUGGUGCUGUGCAUAAUUACAUACGAAUCAGUUGUUUGGAUUGUAGCACCGAUACAGGAAAAAUUGCAGCCGCUUACGAAAAUCAAGUCUGCAUUUUCGAGCCAACUCCAUUAAUUCACAGCAAUUGUUCUCACCAAUUGGAAUAUCGAUGGGUUCAAACGGGUUCUCUUCAAACGGAAUCAAAUAUUACUUCUCUGUCAUGGAAUUUAGAAGGCACACGUCUUUUAACAGGCGGAGAACUUUUACAACUUUGGCAUCAAAAUAUUCUUCCAUUCCAGGAGGAACAACCCAGCGCCGUGACUUUUUCCAUUGGUGGUGAGGCAGAGAGUCCGGGACCUGGUGAUUCGGGAUCAACACACGACGUUGGAACAUGGAAUUGUGUUUGGAAAUGUCGUACAGCGACUCCGGUUCAUUUAAUGACAUUCAGUCCCGAUGGUACACUUUUUGCGACAACAGGAAUGAAUGAUAGACUCGUGAAAAUUUGGUUCGAGAAUAAACAACUGUUUCCGUCGAAGAGUAUUGAUCAAUCGUCGUUUAAUUUGCCAAUUAAUGAUAGUUAUAGUUUCGUUUACGUCGCUCAUCCUCGGGCUGUCACUCACAUUUCAUGGAGAAAAACUAGUAAAUACAUGCCAAAGGGAUCAGUUUCGAAUAUGUUAGUAACUUCCUGUCGUGAUAAUAUUUGUCGAGUUUGGACUGAGACGAUACCACCGGAAAUUGAAGGUUUAGCAAAUAUGAGUCAGUUUGAAGGCAGUGAUAGACAUGGACAUCAUGGAAAACAUCGUCAUCAUAAUAUGCAUAAACACAGGUUUAUGCAACGCCUUAAACACAUGAAAACGUGUUUCCACAUUCGUCGUCAUGCGAAGCAACAACAACACCAGGCAGGUCACACUGCCCCAACUCUUCCGACAUUACCGUCAACGUAUUCAGUUCACGAUUUUCAUAAUAAUUAUCAAACAUCGGCUCACUAUCCUGGAAUGCAUUUUCAUUUAGCGGCGAGCAUUAAUGCCGAAACAGAUAUUCCACUUGUACCAAGUUUAAUUACCGGCGAUCCGGAUCGAGAACCAAAUUUCAUUUUACAUUGGCUGAAUAAUAAAGAAAUGCAUUUUACGAUGCAGGCGGAAAACAUUUUACAGGAAUUGACGCGGAAAGUCGUGGAAAAAGAGGAAGGUAUGCAAAAUCAAGAAGUGGAGCAAACGGAACAUGAUUCGGAAGACGAGCAUACACCAAAGAAAGGCACUAAGCACCAAUCCAGUCAGAAAGCAAAUGUUGGUGGACGAGCAAUGAGUCAAGAGGAUCACAGUAGCGAUGAACAUCAUACGGCACAUACAACAUCGUCCCAUCCUAGUCUUCCUCACAGUGCCCAUUCUCACCAAAGUCUUAGCAAUACAACAUCGAUAAAUUCGAUAGCGACAGAUGCGACGUCCUCAAUGAAUCAUGCACCGGAUUCAUUGGAUACAAAAAUCGAGACACUACUCCGCGAUUGGCAUCACAAUCCCGAUCUUUUAUUUUCAAUUCAUCCAAUUGAUGGUUCAUUUUUAAUUUGGCACAUUGAAUGGUUAGAUGAAUAUCAUCCAGGUUCAUUUCGUCAGGCACAAAUAUCAUUUUCAACACGAAUUCCAAAUGCCUUUCCAUUAGGCGAUGCAUCAACAAUGAGUCACAAUGUCUCAAUGUAUUCGCACAAUACCGGCGGUCCAUUACUCAGUAUUCGUGAAGUUGCAAAAUCGUCAACAAAACAAAUGGACACAAACGAAGUAACAACACCAUUGCCAAGUUUAAUUGAACAAGACGAGGAGCAAUCGACAUUAACAUCAAAAGCCGGACAAGAAUUAAUCAAGAACGUACAAAAUUUCUCUCUAAAUCAAGAAACAAUACAAGAAAAUGGCGGUACAACAAUGGAAAAUGGUAAACCAACACAAGAAAGUGUCAAUGAUUUAUUAACACAGCCAAGUCCAAUAGUUUCAAUGGUCUCAAAACACGAGAAUGGAACAUUAAAUCUUUGGCAAUUGACAUUUGCCGAUAAGACAAAAUUCUCCCAAGUAUUGAGCAUUGGUCACGCGUGUCGUGCCUCCGGUCAUCGUUUUCGUGUUAACGACAUCACUUGUCAUCCGGUUCUACCACUUUUGGUGACAACCUCACAUCAUAAUGUUGCAUUACCUGAUUUUCCAAAUGGCGAUAAGGAUCAAGAAUCAAUUGAGACUAUUAUCAAUAAGGAGGAUAUAAAUGGUAAAGAUGUUAUGUCACCAACUGGAUUUUGCAGUGAAUUAAUAUUGUGGCGAGUCGAUGCAGUUGGACCAUUAUCAAAAAGUGGUGGUGUCUCGGAAUUGGCGAGAAUUAAUUCACCGGAAAUAUCGGCAUUUAGUAAUGUCGCCUGGAUACCGACACUUCUUCCUAGCACAACAUUGGGAAAUUUGUCGAAUUCGCCGAGUGCCUGUUUUGUUGCGAGCGAUGGUGAAUCGUUGCGUGUCUAUCAGGCGGUUAUUGACGCGAGGACAUUACUGGCUGAGGUUUCCAUCAGUGAGAGACGCAGUAGAAUGAUGGAUUCAAUGGCCAGUUUGUCGACUGACAUCUCAUCGGAUGACGGUAUUCGACACUCAAUUCAUGAUCGAAUUAAAAUUGUCUCACAACAAUCGACAGCGAGACCUGGUUGUGUUAUUCAGCUGGAUGCUAUUUCGGAUGCGACGCACGAUUGGCAGAAUACACAAUUUCUUCAUGUUUUUCAAGAGCAAUUGAUAACGGGCGAGAGAAACGAUGAGAAAUUACCUGGUCUCGAUACGACGAUUAAUGAUUUGGGUUUAAUGGAAUCGACACUCGAUGCUAUGGUGGAUCUACAACAAUCGGCAGUAUUUGAGGAGCCGUUUUAUAUUGUUGUUCUUGAGAGAACGCAGAAAGGAACGACUGUUCAUAUGUGGCGAUUGGUGAUUGCUUCGCAACCAGAAUCAAAUGGUCUAUCAGAAUCGAUGAUGUACGUGCCAGAUUCCCAGUUGGUCCAGGAUGAAGAUGACGACGGUACACCAGGAAGAUAUGGUCACGGCGACGGUCGAAGAUCACGACGACAAAGUCAAAGUGGUAAUCGAAGUCGUCGUGAGAGUCAAGCCGAUUAUGAUUCAACAUUUUUUCAUCGACGACAUCACAAUAGUCAUGUACUGAUAACAACAACAAAAGUUUGUACCCAAGAAUUACCAUUACCCGAAGGAGUUGAAGUUGUUCACGCCGCCCCCGCAGCCGGACAUUUAAGUAGUUCAUCAAUAUAUCCCGCUUGUUUUGCACCCUACAUUGUCGUGACGGCCUGCAGCGAUAGUACAGUGAGAUUUUGGAAGUGUAAAGUAACGAAAAUUGGCGAGGAAAAUCAAUUGAGUUACGAAUGGUGCGAGUGGGAAAUGAUCCGCAAGGAUAAGGAAUCAACGAUCGAUAUUACUGGUCAACCGUUGAAUAUCAGUGCAGCUUAUAGUGGAAGAAUUGCCUGCGCCUAUAAAUACGGAAAAUCGUUUACAAGACCGACGAAAAGUGAUCCAGAUUCGAGAUACGUGAAUCUUUGUGUGGCGAUUUAUGAAUGUGAGAGUACAGGGGGGAGUGAGUGGAUUUUGGAGGAUACGAUACACUUGAAGAAUAUUCAUUUGCCGAGAAUUCAGGUCGAUCAGCAUUUGGAUUUGAGUUAUUUGUAUGAUAGUCGAUUUUUGCAGAAGAAGCAGAGAUUGACGCAGGUUUUGCAGACGUUGAGUCAUGAGGAUGUGAGAUCGCCGAGGAAUGGUGAGAAUGGUGGGGAUGCGAAGGCUGGUCUCUUGGCGGUGCCUUCCUUUAGUACUCUGCAGUCGUUGAGAAAAUCGAUUAUCGAGAAUGGAAAUACUUGUCCACUGACGCAGAAGCAUUUGGUGCAGCUCGAUUGGGUUUCGAAGGAGGAUGGAUCGCAUAUAUUGACAGUGGGGGUUGGAUCAAAGGUCAUGUUGUUCACUCCGGUUUGCUCGGAUCUCGCCCAAGCGAAUAUGAAGGCAAUGAAGGAGUCGCAGGGCACGAAUCGACCGAUUUUACGCAAAACUUCUUCUCUCGCACAACCGCAGUUUGUGGACGAGAUUCGUUGGAUGAAGCUGAGGAAAAUUGAAUUGUUAACAGCCGAUGGUCUACCGCCCCUGCCGAUGCAGAUCUCAUGGGUUAGGGACGGAAUUCUGGUGGUUGGAAUGGACUCCGAAAUGCAUGUCUACUCGCAAUGGAAACCGAAUCCAAAGAAUGAUUUUUUCCACUCUGGAUUACAGCACCAGGAGUCGGAUGAGUUCCAAGCGAGUCGGAAUCUGCGGGACGAGGAUCUGCGCACCCUGGCGAAUGAGACGUCGCAAAGAAGGUUGGCGAACGUCUCCUCCAUGACACAUUUGUCGAGAGUGAGUAGCAUCAAUCUCACCAUGCUGGACGCGAAGAAAAAACGUGGUCUACAGACCGAAGGCGCUAAUUACGACUACAUGCCCGAUUACGGUCUAUUCGAAGCUUCGCGAAUAGCCUGUCCGGUCCUCCCUCAGUAUCAUCCGAAGCAAUUGAUGGAGCUGCUGAACUCUGGAAAAAUCCGCUGGGUGAAGGCAAUUCUAGCCCAUCUGGUUCGCUGUAUCGCCAGUUCGUGCACCAUCAGAGCCGACGACGAAAACCUAAUGAAACAAAGAAGCGGUUGGUCGAGAUCGAGAACAAUGUCCGUGAGUUACGUCGGCACUACUUCGCCACUCGAACCUCGCGGAUCCACUACGCAAAUUCCCGAGGAAUUAACACUUGACUACGCGGAAAUAACGUCAAUUUCGCCCCUUCCUCUAUGGACGCUGCUUAUCGCGGACAAGGAAACAAACACCGCCAUUCAACAGAAGGAGGACAAGGAGGACUAUAACGAACUGUUCGACGGGAAUGUCGAUGAGGGCGACUCCCUGGAUGAUAUGCUCGACGAUGACUAUGAUUCUUCUCGACAGAAGGACAGACGAUCGUCCGUUCCUGAACGACAGGGAAUUUCUCACUUUGGUCCCAGGCAAGGACGACUACUCUCUCGGCUACUUACUCAUACUCAUUUGCCAGGUCUCUCGAGUCUGGACCAAAUGCACUUGUUGGCCCUCGCUGACACUGUCUCCACGUGUAAUGUCGAUUUUGCGGAACGCUUUGCGAUUGACGCGGCUAAGAAUGCGAUCGCUAAGGAGAACCUGACUGGAAUUCCGGAUGGCGAGGCUGUAUCGACAGACUCUUUGGAUGACUGUGGACUACGGUUUCUCCUUGCGAUGAAACACUAUAAUUAUCUCAUACGCUGUCUCCCAAUGUCGCAGAGGGCACAAUUUCAAAAACAAGGUGUCGCGACGAAUAAUCUCGUCUGGGCUUUUCAUUCUGAAUCGGAAGAGGAAUUAUUGGGUCUAAUACCAUCGUACGCGAAGGGACAACCAAAAUGGAUGAUUCUAAAAGAACUGGGAGUCGGCUGGUGGAUUAGGAGUAACGCAGUCCUGAAGACCUGCAUCGAGAAAGUGGCGAAAGCUGCCUUUCAACUGAAGCAAGACCCCCUUGACGCUGCAAUCUACUAUUUGGCAAUGAAGAAAAAGAAUCUUGUCUGGGGUCUAUUUAGAAAUCAAAGAGACCAGAGGAUGACGAAUUUCUUCGCGAAUAGUUUCACAGAGGACAGAUGGCGCAAGGCGGCACUGAAGAAUGCCUUCGCCCUGCUGGGUAAGCAGAGAUUUGAGCACGCGGCCGCCUUCUUCCUCCUCGCCGGUGCUCUGAAGGACGCUAUCGACGUGUGUCUGGAUAAAUUGAACGACAUUCAGUUAGCGAUGAUAAUCGCCCGACUCUACGAGGACGAUAUGACAUCACCGAAUCUGAAGCGUCUGCUCUUUGAGGAAAUCUUGGGUUGUGACAAGGAGGGUAACAAUCAAGACAUGUGUAAAUUUCAUCCCGAUCCGUUUUUACGAAGCAUGGCACUUUGGAUUCUUAAGGAUUAUUCCGGUUCUUUGAAUACUUUGCUCUUGACGAAUGUUGGAACGAUGCAUCCGCAGUAUAAUGACGAAUCGGAGAAACCCGAGGGUACGACCGCAAAUCCGAAUGUGUUUAAUUUUUAUGUUUAUUUACGAACGCAUCCAUUGUUGAUUCGACAGUACAUUGCGUCGACGGCUCAGGAUCGGAAGAAGGGACACACGGUGGUGAUUUCUGGUUUUAGUUACGGUACGGAAACGAAGGGACAGCCGGAUAAGCAAUUGAUGUUGGAGGACAGUAUCACGCCGUUGGAGAGACAGUUGUAUUUUACGACAGCUCAUGCACAUUUCAAGGCUGGUUGUCCUGCGCUCGCUCUCGAGGUUCUCUCGAAAUUGCCCAGUAAAGUGAUGGAUUCGAACUGUGAGGAUUCGCCGAGUAUUUUGAAUAGUCCGAUUAAAUCGAGAGCGCAGGAUUUGCAGAUUGAUACGGGAAUUAUCAGUUGGAGUGGAAGGACAGAGGAGGUGAAGGGGGAGUCAUCGGCGGGGAUGGAUUGGUCAGAGCCGGUAGUGAAGAAGAGUGAUGAAUUGGUACUGGAUUGGGAAGAUGAUGAGGAUGAUAAUGAAGAGAGUCCGCCUAUGAGUAUGAAUUUGGAUAAGAAGAAGGUCGAGGUGGAGAAGGAGGAGAAGGAGGAGGAGAAGACAAAUGGUUCGUUGGAUAUAAUGGCGCAACAAUUGAAAUUUGUGGCGUGUCUCAAGAUUUUGAUGGAGGAAUUGUCGACAUUGGCGACGGGUUUUGAAGUCGAUGGGGGACAAUUGCGGUAUCAGCUUUAUGUUUGGUUGGAGAGGGAAGUUGACGCUUUGAAGCAACUUUGUAAUUAUAGUGCGAACACUGAUGGCGAUGCGAUUAAUUCGUCGGAAUAUGAGGGAGGAAUGGUGGAUGAUGUUCCGCCUUAUCGACCAGGUGAACAGCCGACUUUGCAUGAAAUUUUACUGUCUGAGAAACUUGAUUUUGAGGCGAAAGUUCAACGAGCUGCGAGGAGGAAAAAAUGGUUGAAGGCCAAUGAGACUUUGCUGAGAACUUUAUUGUCUUAUUGUUCAUUGCACGGAGCGUCUGGCGGUGGAUUGGCGUCGGUGAGAAUGGAAUUACUUUUGUUGCUUCAGGAAUUGCAGCAGGAGAAAACGCAACAACAGUUGUUGAGUCCUCUUCCAUUCCCGACAACAUUGCCAUUGUUGAGUGCAAGUGUCGCUUGUAAUAAAACCGUCAUUGCUGAUCCAGUUCGUCAUUUACAGUCAUUGACUCACGACAUGUUGCAAACUUUGGUGGAAUGGAGGAAUACUCCAAUGCCGCAUAAAAACACUCAUUAUUGUGAAGUUUUCAUCAUGAGAGAUCUUGCCGUUGCUCUCAGUGCUUGUAUCUAUCAGUCUCUCUGCGAUUCCGAUACGUUUGUCAUGAAACAUCAUCAGUUCGAUAAUAGCUUCCCGGCGUCAUCGGAAGUGGAACCAUUCUCAGGAGGACAUUUAGUGGCGUCGAAUAAAUAUCAUCGUCGUUAUUCAACGGAAGAUGGAAUUGUGAUAACGACAUCGCCAACAAAAUGGCCCGGUGUGACAAGUUUACGUGCCCUUUUAGCCCGUGAAAAAGACGAGGACACACCUAAAUUGAAUAUUCUUUUAUCGGAGUCAUUUGUCGCGACUUACAUGAGUCUCUUUGUUUACGCCCUAUCGAGCUGUGACAGUCACAUUCUCUAUCGACUUGUAGGUCAGAAAUUCGACAAUAAUACAUGGUCGACAUUAUUCGGUGGCGGUGUUAAGAAACUUUUACGAGUUGCAAGUACUGGAGGUCAAUCGACAGGAACGCCAGUUGUCGAGAGAGCUGAGAGUAUCAGUGAAAUUCAAACGGCAAGUGGCGUUUGGAAUACAAUGACAUCGCUGACCAAGCAGCGAAUGAAAUUAAAUAUGAAAUUACUUGGACAAUUCACUGGACAACAGCCAAAUAUGAAGGAGGAUAAGCCAACUUAUCGCGAACAAUUUGUCUCGCCAUUGAUGAGCAUGAUUUCAUAUUUUCUUAUAAAGCCGAGGAUCGAGAGCGAAUAUGCUGAUGAAAUUGAUUACGAUUCUUCGGAUUCGGCCGUUUCGGAUCUUGAUUCAUCGGAAGAUGAGGAAGACGUUUUUGAUACGAACGCAAAGCCAAAGAGUAAACCAAAGGAUAAUACCGAGCACUCGAAUCCAAAUUCGUACAGUUGGAGUAUUUUAAGAUUAGCAAUCGUUCGAAUUCUACAACAGCAGAUGCAGGACUUCUUGAAUAUCGCCGGAAUCGAAAUGCAAGAAUUGCCAGUGUGUAGUCCAUUGAUUCAUGGAACAUUAGGGAUUGUAGCCCAAUGGCAAGAGUCGUUACGUGAAGAACUCGACUCGAAAGGACCGCCAUCAGUGAAUUUUAUUCCUGGUUGUGCUCCCGAUCCCGCGCCUACGCCUGGAAAACCUGCGAUUCAUAAAUAUCGAUCGCUUUUAGAAAAAGGAAAUACGCCAUUCAAUACUCGAUUGUCAGCUGCCGCUUCGGUGAAUCGUUUAUGGUGUUAUUUGGUGAGACAAGAGGCUGUGCAGGAUAUCUUUAUUAGAUCAGUAUUCGGUAAAAGGAGAUCAUUAUCAGCGUUAUUAGAUUCUAAUCAGAGUGGAGUAGAUAAUCUUAAUCGAGGAUCGGGAACUGGAGAAGAUAAAGGAAGCGACAGUGGCACGACAAGUUUGCCAGAGCCUGUUCGAAUUAUACAUAAGGAGCAAGACAGCAUUAGUGCCUUUUGUUUAAAUCAGGUAAACGCCGGUCUAAUGGCGAUGGCAACGCCGCGAGAGGUGCAAGAAAUGGACAUAUCGCUGCUACUCGAACUGCCUUCCUGGUUGGAGGAUGAAUGCGAAUUUGAUUUAAUAAAUCUUAAUAAGCAGCCUGAUCCGGAACCGCUUCAGCCCACUAGUUUUCUAGUCAUACAGACGGCAGCCGAUAGACCUCUACUUGCUCAAAGUCCGCAGCAAAAUAGUCCACAACCACAGUCAGGCAUAGCUAGUCAAAGCGGGCGAGGCGCAAGUGUGAUGAAGGGGAUGCCCGCUUUUCCUGGCUCCCACGAUCUUCGUUUCUGUCAGUUUGUCGCUGAUAGGAGUAAACACUUAUUGAAGCCGAUCUUGAAACAUAAAAUUGAUGGUAUUAGAAGAGUCUCUUCACAUCCGCUGUUACCGCUGUACUUAACAGGAUCUCAAGAUGGAUCAGUGUCGUUGUGGGAGUGGGGUCAUCAAACCGCAGUCGCAACUCCUCGGCCAUCGGGAACUUUUGCAAAAGUCACCCGAGUGCGUUUCUCUCAACAUGGAAAUAAAUUUGGAGUCGCUGAUUCAGAUGGUCAUCUCAGUUUAUUUCAAGUGGCCUGUAGAGACGGAUCGACACGACCUUUCUUUAAUUAUCAGUGUCAUAGCAAAGUCACAGCCGAUUUUGUCUUCCUUGGAGCGUGUAGUCUCGUUGCCACUGCUGGUCAUGGCUCUGAAGGACGAAACGUCGCUCUCUGGGAUACUUUGCUUCCACAAAAUAAGUCCCAAGUUCAAGGAUUUGUGUGUCAUGAUCAGGGAGCGAGUUCAGUGAUAUUAGCCCCACAGCAUCAGCUGUUGAUCAGCGGUGGGAAAAAGGGCGACAUUAAUAUUUUUGACGUACGACAAAGGCAACAACGUCAUAGAUUUCAAGCUCACGAGUCUGCAAUUAAGUGCUUGGCACUUGAUCCACAUGAAGAAUUUUUCGUCAGCGGUGCCGGAGAUGGUGACAUAAAAGUUUGGGGUCUAACCGUCCAUUCUCUUCUCUACUCAUUUCCUGGAGAACAUCCUAGAUCUAGCUUUUUCAAGAAUAUAGGCCAAGGCGUCACUCAAUUACAUGUGGAUUCUGCUGGACGUCUAUUUUCCUGUGGGGCGGAUGGUUCAAUGAAAGUACGCCAAUUGCCAGAACGAGACUGUAUAGUUCAGAACUAUUAUUAGAAAUUAAAAGGAUAUUGAUAAUGAGACACGGAAAUAAUGUAAGUAAGCCAGAGCAACUGCUACGAUAUCUUAAAAAAAAAAAUGCAAAUGGCCUUUGAUACGUGAGGUUAUAAUCGUAAAUGAGAACGAAGGAACAAAAAAAAAGUCGAUAUAAUCUUGAAAGUAUACUUGCAAAUUUAGAAAAAAAAAUAUUUAAAAACAAAUGACUCGUUAGGGCAAAACACGAUUACUAAUUCCCACGAAAUAUUCACGCCUUUGACGAUGACAAUGAAAAGAAAAAACCGAGAAUUAUUCAUCUAUUUUUCAAAAAAAGAAAAACAAAAGCACUGCCAACGUCUUUAAAAACUAUCGCGUAACCGGAUUAAAAAAAAACCCAAUUGGCAAAAUCGUUCUUCUCCUUUUCUUUUAAAAAAAAUCUACGUGCACAUUAAUUAUAAUAAUCAAUCGAUAAUUACCUUUAAAGUUACAAAAUUACCAGUUGAUUAUUAAUUAAUUAUUUAAUUGUCGCACUUGGAUAAUAGACGUUAAUUUUUAAAUUUGACACCAACAUUUUUUCCUCCAAUAAUAAUCGAAAUUUCGAAACGGAAAAUAAAAACAAAAAUAUCUUUCUAUCUAUUGCACCGAUCUCUCGAAAAUCUUUCAAAGACACCAAACUUUUUCCCUAAAAAAAAAAAAUUACUCUAGAAUUUUUCUCCCAAAGCUAAAAUUGUGUGAACAUUUUUCUCUUAUUAAGAAUUUAUAAUAAUAAAAUUGUGUGGAAAUUUUUUGAAAACUUUAAAAAAGCAAAAUCUAUUUGUCAAAUACUUAAACUUUUUCCUGUUGUAAAUUUUAAAAUUUUCAUUGACAAAGAAAAAGGAAAAAAUGAGAAAAAAAAUGAUUGUUAAAAAAAAAUUAAUUUUUUCGAACUUACUCCGUGUUACCGAAGCUUUUCCGAAAAGUAGCUUUCUUAAAUGACAAUAUCUUUAAUCGCUAUCGUAUUCUAUAUCUCCUCUGAAGCCUAUUUCGUAAUUGUACUAUAAAAAAAAUAAUAUAAUAUAAUAAUAGUAAUAUAAUAAUAAUAAAAAUAAUAAGAAUAAAAAUAAUGAGAAUAAAAAUAAUAAGAAUAAAAAUAAGAAUAAUAAAAAUGAGAAUAAUGAGAAUAAUAAAGAUAAUGAGAAUAAUAAUAUUAAUAAUAAUAACAUAAAAAUAAACGUCAAGAUGAUUGUCCUAAUAAUCUAAUCCUGAAAAGGAAGAUGAAAAAGCAAAAAAGAAAACUCGACGUCGAAUCUCUAACGAUGCUACUCUAUCUAAUUCUCAAAAAAAAAACAUCUUUGGAGAUAUCUUUACACGUCUUAUUACGAAUUUAUUAAAUUUAUUCCAUUUUUCGAGAUUGGUUAUAUUCAUAAUGUUUGUUAUAUAUGAAAAAAAAAAUAUUGUCACGUAGUCUACUUGUGUUUUGUAAAUACUUAUUAUAUUAAUUGUAAAAGAAGAAAAAAAAAGACCGAACCGAAAUAGCAAAUUAUAUCAACAGAGAUACCUCUCGUUGUUUUUAAGUCAAAGCGAAUAACUUGUUAUCAAUUUAUAACUCGUUGACAUUUUCUGAUUUUAUAUAUGAAAAGAAAAAAAUAUUUAUUGUCGAAAAAAACGACUGUUUUUUAUUUUUAAUUAAUUUGAUACAUAAGUUUUUCUUAAUGUCGUCAUAGACAAAAAAAAAAAUGUCAUUCUUAUAAUCAAAAUUAAAUUUUGAUUUGUAAGUGUAGGGAAAAAUUUGAUCGUUUGUGAUCUCUUUAAGGACACAUGAAUAUUUUUAACAAAAAAUGUAUUAUGUUAAUCUGAAUUUUCAGUAGAUAGAAUUUUCGAAAAUUUUUACUUUAAAUAUUAAACUAAAGUUUGUGUAGAAAGGAAAUUUUGUUUAUUUUAUCUUCUAUUUUUUAAACACUUUUCAAACAUUUUUUAAAAAUUUUAAACAUUUUUAAACAUUUUUAAACAUAUUUAAACAUUUUCAAUAAUUUUUAUUCAAAGUAGUUUUUCAUUCUCAGCAGAAUUUGUCAAUGUGGAAAGUAAAAUUGAAAUAAUUUUGUUUAAAAUUGAAAUUACAGUUGAAUUUUUCACACAGAUUAUAAUUCAGUUAAAUAGAAAAAUUGAAUUGAAAAAUUUUAUGUUAAAAUUUUAAUUGAAUAGGAAUCAAAAUAAAGUAAAUGUAAUAAUUGACACAAAUAACGUAAAUAAUAAGUGAAAUGAAAUAAAGUGAAUAAUAAAUGAAAUAAAAUGAAUAAAAAAUGAAAUAAAUAAAAAUGGAAUUAAAUAAUUAACAAUAAGGAAAUAAUAAUAAAUAAUAAAUAAAACAUUAUAAAAUUCAAUCCACUGGAAAUUUGAAGUAAUUAGUAUUAAUAUUCAUGUGAAAGUCUAAGUUAUUUAAAUUAUAUUAAUUUGAAUUCAUUCAUUUUGACUACUUUUCGAAAAACUUUUUUCUAUUUCAAAACUUUCUUUUGUAUAAAGCAAUUUAAAUCCUUUAAA